AUGGGCUCGAUUGAGAGCUCAUUGGGUUACCGCCUCGGCCUCAUUUGCGGCCGUUUCAGCCUUGCUCCUCAGCUGAUUCUUCUCACCUACGACUUGUGUCAACAAAUCUCCGCUUUUCACUUUUUCUUUUGCAAACAAAUGAUAACUGACUUUUUCAAGAGCUCCUGAAAUGUUUGUCUUGCUGGUUAAAUUGAGUGUAGAAGUAUGGAGAUAUUUCUAGCCGUUCUCUGGAUAGAACCCUUGUUUAGAUGUAAAAAAAAAGAAAAUAACUUUCCGGAAUCUUGAUUCUAGGAAUCUUAUAACUCGGCCAAAAAGCAUUCCAUUAUAUUUCAUCACAAAAAAAGGACAAAAGGAAUUUCUGUUGAUUUAACUAUUUCGAAGCAAUAGGAAAAUUUUCGAAAUCGCUCUUGAUGAGUCUUGAGACUCGCGUGUGAAAAAGCAAAGUCGUUGCCAGUGCUAAUGGGUCGCAUAUUUUUUGUCUGAAAUCGAAAAGCAAGUUUUGAAACGCUCCAAGUUUUCAGAAGCCAUCCACCUCAUCCUGCCCAUAAUGUGAGCUGCAAGUUCCAGGUUAGAUUUUGGUUAUGGACUUGAAAGAUGAUUUUGAAAUCCGAGAAAUCGAAUGUGCCUUAAUCUGCCGAGGUGAUCUCGAUUUUGUUAAUUCUUAAUGCGAAAUCGUGAAAAAAGAUAAAUUUAUUUCUUCAUGAGGUCCCAUGUUCGAUUCGUAAAAUUUUCGGUGCAUUUGCUUCAAUGAAAAAGGUUCUGAACUAAAAAAACUAUAUCUUAUAUUUUUUGUUGAAACUUUUUUGAAGUUGGCCAGAGCUUUUGGUUUUUCAGAUGAUCAUACUAAAAAAAUCCCAUUGACCAAAAACUUCCUGGUUUUCAUAGAAAAAUACUUUCUCGUUUUUGAACUCAAAUUUUAGAGAAAUUGUUAUUGCAAAUGAUGUGAUCAAUAGUAAUAUUAUCACGAAAUGAUGUAGGAAAAUUUUUAACACAGUUUUUUUUCCAAGUGCAAAUAAUUCUUAUCGCGGUGGAGAUUUUCAAAACGGAAAAUCAAAAGUUUGAACUUUGAACAUCGGACUCAUGACCUUGAGGGAUUUUGAAACAAUAGGAAAAGGAGGCUGGCUUUUUUUCCAAAUCAACUUCUCUCAAGCCUCUCUUUUCAAACUAGGAGGUAUACAAACGCUACAAAGGAUUAGAAUGGCCCUUGUUUGGAAAGCUCAAUGUUGAAAUUAAUUAGAAAGAAGUAAAUGGGAGGCGAUGAUGAUCGGGUUGUGUUGCAGGAUGAGGACCGACGCGGUUUCCAAUUACUGGGAUUCGUCCAUCACAGCGCUUCUCCUUCUUCUCUUUCUUCUUGUCAGCGUCAGUGUUUUUUUUCCGAUAAAGUAAUCGGCAUCUUGGGUUCCAUCGUACCCAAAAGAACCUCUUUUUUCGAACUUGUCUCGUUCAAUGUUUUAUUGGUUUGCCAGAGAAAAAGCUCAAAAUUUACAGCGAGUUUUGUUUUUUUUUCUUGUUUCGUGCGAGAAUAUCUGUGGAGAAGGUCCGUGGCAAGUGAUAGUCUCCUGGGAGAAUCGCUGUUUUAGGCGCCGCCACUCGGUCUGCUCCUAUAAUUCUGCGCUCUUUUCUUAUUAUCGUCCUGGAGGCCCUUCCCUAGUUUUAAUUUGUUUCAAAGCCUUUCUGACCAACGUUUGCCACUUCUUCGUUUAUAGGUGAGGCGUGGGAAAAUAUCUUGUAGCGCUUUCAAUUGCCUUUCUUUUUUCGGUCAACGAGCUCUCGAAAGUUUUUCGAGUUUCUUAAUAAAAGAAAUGCUCUAUUUUUUCCAUGUUCACAAAAGGUCAUUUCAUUUUCUGUUUUGAAUUUUGCGAAAUUUUGCAUGAAUAUUUUUUCAAACUUGAUCAGGAUCCGAAAAACUUAUCAAAAUUUUUUUCAUAGCACGUUCAGCCAAUACACAUUUUACACAAACCCGUCAGUCUUCAGAGAAUAUUGUUUGCUGAAUCAUGUAACAGUAUGUAGAAGAAUUGUUCGUCGGUUCGCGAAACCGUCGUUGAUCAAGAACGGUGCAUAGAUAAUGUCAGACUUCUUGUGAUGAUCGUAGACGAGUUUUGAGCGUUCCGAAGAUCAGCUGCUUCUCCAUAUAGGAUCAGUACGGUGCCCAGUCCAAUGCUGACGGGCGUCGGAUAAAAUCCGAGACGAUAGCGGAAAUGAAGACCGGCUACUCGGGAGGUAGAAACGAGAUAGACGAUAAAAAAUGAUUCAAUUGAAAUUUAUCGUUCUUAAUAAUUAGAAAGCUUUAGAGGCUAGGAGUUUCAUGAAAUUUAUCAAACUGAUCAAGUUUAUUUUUCGGAAAAUAUCAGAGGGCUACGUGAAAUGGACUUCCUUGUCCGCUGAUAACUUCUUUUUUCUCACUCCGCCCUCUUUUCGCAGGACUAGUUCGUUGCAAAGAUAAUUAAAGCUGAAAACUGCUCAAAAGUUUUUUAGACUAUAAGUUUAGGGGCCGCCAAAGAUUUUUUCGAAAAAGAAAGCACAAUUAAACAAAUGAAUGGAACCUAUGGAGUGAGGCAAUCUAUAAGAGCAUUUUUACAGUAAUUUCCUCGAUGAAAUUACUUGAAAGCUAAAAGGAUUGAACUUUUUCUAAGCGCUUUCUCAUCGAGACAUCUUUAAACUUGGAGUUCAUCCUUUUUUUUCUGAUAUAGUCGAUUCCAUCUGACUGAUUCAAUUUCAAUUCAAUUCAAUUUUAUUCAGCCUUUAGAGUAAGAUGAAGAAUCAUGGUAUAAUCGAAGAGUUAGUCGUCGGUGCGGGUUACGGUUCACAUCUGACUAAAACAACCUAUAAAUAUUUUUGUUGUUGAUAUAGCUGAUUCACGGCUAACUUGGGACGCUAAGGGGGCGUGUCCUAUCUGCGCUCUCCACGAGCCAGGCGCUGUCUCGUGCAUUUUCGUGUCAGGACCCUUUUUUCGAUGGCUCAAGCCAGCCGUGAAUCAGCUAUAUGAAUUCCUUAUUAGGAUGAUAGAGUAAACUUAUUGAAGAUUGAAACGCAUUUUCUUUCCGAAAACAAAACUUCCAAAUGUUCGUUGCUCUUUUCAAGUUAUCAAGUUAGCUGUGAAAAAACCGUACUCUUUUCUCUUUAUUUUUCAAAACCUUUCUCGAAAUAGAAAUCGCUCAAAAUAUUUCGAGAUUUUUCAGUUAUUGCACGCCAUGUUCUGCUGCACACGAAAAGGGAGGGAUAAACGAGGGAAAAUCGCAGAAUAAGGGUAGCCGCGUGAGUUUUUUUUUAUUAUUAUUUCUUUUGAAGGUUACGAGUUUUUCUCAGAAAUCAUCAGGAGGGAUGUAUGCGCGUCUCGACGAGUUCGACGUUUUGACUCCUCUGACCGGAAGUCCUGCCUCGAGCGGAGACCAGUCCUUCAAAGUGAGUUCCUCGUUUACUUCAGUUCGAAUAAAUCAGUUCAGAAGAACUACGGGAGUGCCUCCUCUCUGGAAGAGCCCCGCAGGUUCCAAUUCCCUCCGCUGGCCAUUCCGCCAGCGUCGGAUUCGCCGCCUCCGCCGCGCCGCAGCAUUCAUGGCCGUACUUUGAUCGUCCCACUCAACACAUCUCGAUGUUGGUCGUUUAUUAAUGAAUUUUUCGGUAAAUUUUUCGGUUCUCUAAAUGUCCCGGAAUACACUUCAGACCCUUCGAUAUACCUCCGAUUUUAUCGUGAUACUUUUUUUCGAUUCGCCUACGGUGAACAUUGUUCCAAUUUUGUAUGAGAGGUCAAAAUUCGAAAAAUUCGAAAAUCGCCAUUUUCACUUUUUUUUUUCACUACAGAAGCAGAUCUUUACAAACUUUUUAGGCUUUUCCGUAGUCCUCGAAGCAGGAUGAUAACGGAACAUAUCUACCUUAAAUAACUUCCACAGUAUUGUUUUUUAUGUCCAUCUCAAACUGGCAGGUGCAAAGUUAAACUCACUACAUAUUCACAAAAAAUAACCGCAGAUCAACGAAAAAACGUGGCUAGUGUUUCAGGAGCAGGCUUCAUUUUCCCCAGCUGAUACUGAAGGAAAUAAUUUUUGAAAAAAAGGAGAUCGACGAGAAUUCAAUUUCAGACAGGUCCCCUCUGAACCCAGCCGGCACUCCAGACAGCAGGAUGACGUCACUGGACGGCGGAACGACGAAAAGCUGCGCGACGAUUCCCGAAGACGACGAGGACGAAAUCGACGCCCUCAUCUCUAUCGAUAGAGUAAAUGAAUUUUUUGAUAGUUUUUUAUUCUUUAGAUAAUUUUCAUUUGUAUCAGAAUGGUGCGUAAUUCUUAAUAGUUUUUUCAAAAAGAUCUAGUUCUCUUGCAGUCUUUUUUCUGAAGCUAGGAUUGCAGCAGAUUAUGUUAUGCUUGUUCCCUUUUCAUUCACGAAAAAAAAGGUAAAUUUAUCACAUUUAUCAGUGAUAAAAGACGAUUUCUACAAGCCAGGCAAAAGCCACACUAGCUUUGUAGUUUUUUCGUUUUUUCACAAGAAUUUCGUGAACGGUGAUUUUGCCUCGUCGAAAAGUCUCCUGUGCGUCAACCGGUCGUGUUAGAUUUCGAUGCCCUGCGCUCCGCAAUUUAGGCGCAGUUCUAUUACUUUUCGCGAAAUCAAGAGAGACACUGGCAGUAGCUGAUAGCACAGUCUUCGAGGUCUGAAAGUUACUUGAAAGUUCUCAAAACUUGGCCGUUGCGAAACGUCCAAAUUGAGCGAUUUUCCGAAAAAAGUACAGGUCAAAGGCAACGUUUGUUUAUUCUGUCAUUUCAAAUGAAGACGAUUUCUGUUCAUUCUUUUUUGUGAGAAGGAGGAUUGUGCUAUCUAUUUCUCAAGAAACAGUGAAACAGUGAAAAGGAGAAGCAAACCACGGCUCUCAACCAAAUUUUUAUCUUGAGAAAAAAGCAAGUCUUCUGUUUCUGGUUCCAGGUCAUCAAGGAGGGGUAGGAACCACCAAAAGUGAGCGACACUGUCAGUCACCAGCGGUACUCUCCUUAGCAAAAAAAAUGCUCAGAAAUCAGUUCCUAUCCACUAGGGGACAGAAGGCCAAAGCUCGUGGUACUACAUUACAAGGACAGACCUCAUACAACGAAAGUAACCAUCUAUUCUUUCAUCUGCAGCAUCACCUAUGCGAGAAGAAAAUUCGAACAGAAAAUAAUGUCGAAUUGGAGUUGACCUCAUACUUCUCCUCGCGGCCAGCGUCCUUCAGGAUCCGAGCGCCUGCCUGGACGAUUGCAGCAAGUGGUCGAUGCAGAUGCAGAAUACAUCAAAUGAUGUUAGCCUUUCCCUAUAGAGAAAAAAAGAAAAUAGAGGAAACGAAAAUACUAUCAAGAAUUACGCAACAACCUAUAGUCUGUUCAGAUUUUGAAUGUCAAGAAGCUCACUCCGUCCCUGCUGAGACGGUUCCUUUUCGCGUCGAUAUUUCAUCGCGCGGGACUAAUUUUGAUCUUUUUCGAUCUAAAAGAUAGAAAAAGAGGUCAAAAAAGCAGCCUUAUUAAAGGGCCAUUGGAAUAUGUAGAUAAAACAUUGACGCGAAAGAUAUUGUAGCCUUGGGGGCGGAGUUAGCUGCUUGAAAAAAAAAACUGAACAGACUAUAACACAAAGCUGGCCAUAUAGACGUUUCACGGCUAGCUUGGGACGCAAAAAGGCGUGGCCUGUCUGCACUCUCCACCAACCAGGGCACUGUCUCGUCCCUUUUCGUGGCAGGACCUUUUCUCGAUGGCUCAAGCCAGCCGUGAAUCAGCUAUAAAGGAAUUUCAAAACUGUUUUCCGACAUAAAUACUUUAGAAAUUUUCAAAAGUUAUUUAAGUUUUGCACCGAUAUAACAAUGUUACAUACCGGUUAAUGAAAGCUCGCAGCUUCCAGACUUCGAUGUCCGUCUCGGAGCCGAGGUCUUCGAGGAAUAACUACUCGGCGUACAAUCUCCGCCUCCCUCAACCAAUGCCCGAGUUUCAGGUCUGAAGUUUGUUUUUUUUUCAGUCAAGGAUAGUUGUUCUUACCUGUAAAGUGGAACUGAACGUAUUCUAUUGAAUGCGGACUGUUUCCUGAUUAAAUCUCUUUUUUUUUCUCGGCAUUAGGAACCGAGUAAUGAAGCUCAAUUUCUUCGCGAUCUGAAUGAUAGUUUGGGAUUAAUUAUGCUUACGAGCUUAUCCUCGUAUGGCUGUCAGAAAACCGCAGGAGUAUUAUUCAAAGUAGUCAGUUUUGGUGCUCGUUAGGGCACCAUAUGGCCUUUUUAGCUUUGUUGUCUGUCCAAUGUUAUAUCAUUUCCCUCCUAUCUGUACCCUAAUUAUUUGCGUGGUUCGGACAAUGAAGAAAUAAGUAAAAUAAAUAAAGUAGUUUCCCCAGAAAAAUGCAUUUUCAAACGAGCUAAAAAGACGAAACAAUUUUUGGCGUAGAAAUUUGCAAGUCGGCCAGUCACAAUUUUCGAAGAUACCUACUUUUAUUUGGGCGAAGUCAAAGAAAACGGCCGAAAGCCGGUGAAGCGGAGCUUUUUAAGAAGUGGAAAGUUUCACAUGUUCAGAUUUUCAAAUCUUCAUUUGACAAUGAAAAAGAUUCUGACCGGCUCUCAGAAACAUCAAACUCACGUUUUUUUUUAACUUUUACCCCGUAAUUUGCUCUGGUUCUCUUUGAAAAUCUUUGAAACGUAAUUUUGUGACAGGCCCAUCAGUAACUUGGAGUCCGUCAAGGAAAAAAAGACUGUUGAAUUUGUUCAGAAGCUUUUUCGAAUUGCACUUUUUCUAUGUUUCAGUCGACGUCAUCUGGAUUUUCCCCUAUGGUCAGUCUUACCACUGUUCUUUGUACGGCUUGUGGUGUUGACCAGUUCAUUUCAUGCUUUCUGUUUUUGUUCAGUCUGUUCUUUAUCUUAUUUCCAAUUGAAAGGUAUCUUUUCUUUGUUACAUGCUUCUCUCCGUUUCUGAACACUGAGUUUUGUAGCUUCCCGCGCCGGCGUACUCUCCGCCUUCGUUGCCGUCGGGGUCGCCGGCCAAACGUCCUUCUUCUCUAAACUGUGCUCUAUACGCCGUGGAAAGCACAGGUGACAGCAACCACAACUUUGAGUGAGUAUCAAUUUUUGGAAUUUCACGGAACGAAAACAAAAAAACUUAGAAUGGUGCUGUUUAUUAAAAAUUCCUAUCUUCCGUAACUUUACAAUUUACAAUAAUUACAAUUUAUUCAGUCUUCAGAGUGAAAUGUAGAAAAAAUCUCUGCUGAAUCAUGGUAUAAUCGAAGAGUUAGUCGUCGGUGCGGGUUACGGUCCACAAUCGUUGUCCAAUAAGUCCCGGCGUGACAGCUGGAGUUGGGAAAUAAUGUGGUCCCCUGGGUAGAACCAGCGAAUAAACUGCUUCACCAUCCGUAACUUUGAAAGUUUUGAUUUCUCUGCAUUUCUAUUUUCUAUUUUAGUGUGUACGCGCUAUUUUUAUGUUUAUAUGUCACCGUCCAUGAAAAAAAAAUACAACGCAGAAAGGUCAGACUGUUUCAAGUUUUAACAAUUGGCAAAAGAAAAAAUCAUCUUUAGACACAGAAAAAGGCCUUUCUUAUUCAUUAUGGCCAGCCUGUUCAUUCCAAAUUGAAGCCGAGAUUCUCGUGCUGCUGCAAAAGUUCACUCUACUCGUUAUAAAUUUGACUUUUACGUGAACAAAAUUUUUCACGACUACUUUUUAAGAUCACCUUCGAAGCGGCUCAGCUACUCAAGUUCUCCACAGGAUUCUUCUACGGGAUCCCUCAGCGAAAGUUUCUACAUAAACAGUGACGUCGUCUCUUCUGCUGCCAGUAUCUUUUCAAACUUUCCGACAAUCGAAAUUUUAUUUACCUUUUAUCAGCUUCGCAAGUAUUUGAAGCAAGUUUAUGCGGGGAGUCCGAUGUCAUGUCCAAAUAUCAGCUCCACAGGUUCUUUUCCUGCGUCUUUUUCUUCUCUAGAGUCUGUGUGAUUGCAGAAUUGAAGAAGAAUCAGAAGGAGGAGAAGACGGCUCGCGGAUCGGAUCUCAAAAGGCUCCAUCGGAGCUCUCCAAUCAUGCUCCCAUUCAAUUCGUUCCCCGAAGUAUUUCGCAGCAAGUUCGAUUAUGAUCAGCUCUGAUUUCUGUUGAUUUUUUGUUUGCAGUUCGAAUUGAUGCGAGAAACUUAA